CACCCCAAUCCCAGGACCGGGAGCAGGACGCAGCCGGGCGCGACGGAGCUGAAAGGCCGGAGCUGAAACCUGGAGGGAAAGGUUGCUGCCAGCCCCGAGCCCCCCCGAGAGCCACAGCCAUGAGCAACGGGUGGAAGGACCACCUCGGUGCCAGCGGCUCAGAGCCCCUCCCGGUCGUCAUCAUCGGCAAUGGUCCCUCAGGCAUCUGCCUGUCCUACCUGCUCUCGGGCUACAGCCCCUACGUGAAGCCAGAUGCCAUCCACCCGCACCCCGUGCUGCAGAGGAAGCUCACCGAGGCGCCAGGGGUCUCCAUCGUGGACCAGGACCUGGAUUACCUGUCCGAAGGCCUUGAAGGCCGGUGCCAAAGCCCUGUGGCCCUGCUGUUUGAUGCCCUCCUGCGCCCAGACACAGACUUUGGGGGCAACGUGGAGUCUGUCCUCACCUGGAAGCACCGGAAGGAGCGAGCCAUCCCCCACCUGGUCCUGGGCCGGAACCUGCCAGGGGGGGCCUGGCAUUCCAUUGAAGGCUCCAUGGUGACCCUGAGCCAAGGCGAUUGGAUGGGGCUCCCGGACCUGCAGGUCAAGGACUGGAUGUGCAGAAAGCGAAGAGGUCUUCGCAACAGCCGGGCCACGGCCGGGGACAUGGCCCACUACUACAGCGACUACGUGAUCAAGAAGGGCCUGAGCCACAAUUUCGUGUCUGGCGCCGUGGUCACGGCCGUGGAGCGGGGGACGCCCGAGCCAAGCGGCCCCGGGGCCCGGGACCCCAGCCCCCUCUUCCAGGUGAACGGCUUCGUGACCGCCGAGGACCGGAGCCAGCAGCCCUUCUCCCUAUGCGCCCGCAAAGUGGUCUUGGCCACUGGCACGUCUGACAGCCCAGCCCGGCUGGGCAUCCCCGGGGAGGCCCUGCCCUUCGUCCAUAAUGAUCUCGGCCUGGAGGCAGCCACGCGGGCAGGCACCAUGUCCCCGGCCUCGGACCCCGUCCUCAUCAUCGGGGCGGGACUGUCGGCGGCCGACGCGGUCCUCUACGCCCGCCACUACAACAUCCCUGUGAUCCACGCCUUCCGCCGGUCCGUGGACGACCCCGGCCUGGUGUUCAACCAGCUGCCCAAGAUGCUGUACCCUGAGUACCACAAGGUGCACCAGAUGAUGCGGGAGCAGUCCAUCCUGUCGCCCAGCCCCCUACGAGGGCUACCGGAGCCUCCUGAGCACCAGCUGCUGCUCUUCAAGGAGGACCGCCAGGCUGUGUUCCGGGACCCCCAGGGCCUCCAGAAGGUCUUUGGCAUUGCCCUGGUGCUGGUCCUCGGCUCCCACCCUGAUCUGUCCUUCCUCCCGGGGGCAGGCGCUGACCUCGCCUGGGACCCCAACCAGCCACUGAGCGCCAAGAGGAACCCCAUUGACGUGGACCCCUUCACCUACCAGAGCAUCCACCAGGAGGGCAUGUACGCCGUGGGGCCACUGGGGGACAACUUUGUGAGGUUUGUGCAGGGCGGGGCCCUGGCUGUGGCCAGCUCCCUGAGAGGAAGGAGGCCAGAAGCCGCCCUAGCACCUGGCCUGGCAUCCUUGCACCCAGGCCCUAAAGAGGAGGGAGGGGAGAGCACACGGCCCUGCUGGAUGCAGAGCCCCUCCCAAGAUGCCCCCAGUGAUGGAAGGGGGCUCUCCUGGCAGGAGACGAGGAGCGGCCACCGAGCCCAUGGCAACAGCCCUCUCAGGUGAAGAGUGAGAAACCCAGGCUGCCAGGACUCAGACCAGGGUGGAAACAGUGACCACAGGACAGGGUAGGCCCAGACCUGUAAUUGGGGGUGAAGUGAAAGCUGCUGGUGUGAGCUGGGAGCACCGGGGCCCAGCUGAGCACCGAGCCAGCAGUGACCCAGGCCCUGCUCUUUCCAGAAUCGGGUCCCAAAUAAAACCAGCGCCUGCCUGCA